AUGCGGUGGCCUUGGGGUCUUACGCUGUGGCUCCUGUCCAUUUCCGCCUGCUGGGACGGAUGUGCAGCAGCGGCAGUGCGACGGGAUGCAGCAGCCGACCUGAGCGACAGCGCCGUGCCCGACGGCGUGUCGCCGUUCCUCAGGAAGCGGGGGGUGGGCUGGGGCCUGAAUGCCACCCACAUCCGGACGUUGGCAGGACUGUCCUGGUGGUACAAGUGGGGACCCAGUGUGCGAGACCCUGAGACAACCAGGGCGGCAGCCGCUGUGGGCAUGCGUUUCGUCCCCGAGCAGUGGGGCCGUGGGGGUAUCGCUGACCUGGGGGCGCGCAUCCAGCCUGGCAGCGCUGUGCUGCUGAGCUUCAACGAGCCCAACCAUCAGCUGCAGGCGUCGCUGACGCCACAGGAGGCGGCGGAGCUGUGGCCACAGCUGGAGGAGGUGGCAGACCGGCUGGGCCUCCGCCUGGGCGCCCCCGCUGCCGCUCCCUGCGGAGCGCAGUGCGUCACGCCCAGCCCGUUUGAUUGGUGGGAUGAAUUCUUCACGAGGUGCGACGGAUGCCGCGUCGACUUCCUGGUGACUCACUACUACUCCUGCAACGCCGACUGGCUGGCGACAUACCUGAGACAGUGCAGGAAGUACCAGCGCCCCAUCUGGCUCAAGGAGUUUGCGUGCCCCAACCCAGGCGGGACAGAUGUGGUCAGCUGGCAGUACAUGGUGCGUGCCCUGGGGCUGCUGGACCGCGACGGCUGGGUGGAGAAGUAUGCCUGGUUUGCGCUGGAGACGUCGGGGUGGCUUGGCACCAGCAACUCGCUGAUGAACCUGCACACUGGAGCCCUGACGGAGCUGGGCCAGCUGUACAUGGGCUACACCCCCGCCGCAGCCGCAGCCGGCACCAGCAGCGACAACUCUCAGGAGGCAGGCACCACCUCCUGGAGCGAGCUGUGCCAGAGCUGCAUCCACCACCUGGGGAGCGGCGGGCUGCUGGUAGGGCUGGCUCCCCAGCAGCACAAGUAUUGCAGCGAGAGCUGCGGGUUUUGGGAGAGGAACGAGGCCCAGGCACCAGUGCAGCCUGACAUCAACCCCACUUAG